UCCUCUGUUUCCCCUCCUUCCUCGCUGUCCUCCCUCUCAUCUUCCUGUGAAGUGGACAGGAGAGACUCAGUCCUCCCUCUUUCUGCCUCUCCUUCCUCCUCCUCCUCCUCCUCUUCUCCCCACGUUCAGUCUACAAUGCCCCCCUCCCUCUCCCUAUCACUGUCUCCCACGUCCGCUGUGGCCCCGCCCCUGCUGCCGCUCUGCUUGGAGCUCGGAGCUCUGGGGGAGUCGGAGGCAGCGAGGGAGGAUGCAGAAGAAGAGGUGAAGGACAGGAGAGGGGAAGAUGAUGAUGAUGAAGGAAGUGCUCCUCCCUCUAAACUCGCCCUCCUGCAGACAAACCACGCCUCCUCCAGCUUGGCACCACGGCAACAGACCAUUAGCAGCUCUGCCUCCCUGCUCCUGGUGUGUCAGAGUUCGGCGACCCAGGCCUGCCAGCCGGCCAAUCAGACUUACCGACAGGCUGACGAGCAUCAGCAUCCGUUAAACCCCGGGCAACACGCCAAUCACCUGUGUAUACCUGAGGCCCCGAGCCCAGCUCAGACAUCCCGUCAGCCCUUGUUGCUGCAGCAGCAGUCGUCAAUAUUUGCCAACAGUGACGCUAACAUGGACUCCACACCUGCUGCUGUUGCCAUGGAUACCGCUAUCCAGGUGAAAGAGGAGAGCAGGCGGGGCUCCGACUCCGAGGACACCUGCAUGAACACUCAGCUGGAGGAGGAGGCGGAGCCCUGCGAGCGGGGAGGGGAGGAGCUUGACAUCUCCUUUGACAGUCAGUUUCCCGACCUCAUCUCUGACCUCAUGACAGAGGAGGCCAAUCCCGUCGCGGCUCAUUGCGCUGCCGUCUCCGCCGCGCCGAGCCCCGCCGUGUUUCCGGCAGGAGUCCGCUACGUCGUUCCUCCCCAGCCCUCCCCUUCCUCCUCCUUUCUCCCUUUUCCUCACCCGCUGCCCGCCUCCUCCGCACGCCUCGCCUCCAUCACAGACUUCUCCCCGGAGUGGUCGUACCCCGAGGGCGGAGUAAAGGUGCUGAUAACGGGGCCGUGGAGCGAGCCGUCGGGUCGGUAUUCAUGCGUGUUCGAUCAGAGCACCGUCCCCGCCUCGCUGAUCCAGCCAGGGGUGCUGCGCUGCUACUGUCCUGCCCACGAGGCCGGCCUGGUCUGUCUGCAGGUCCUGGAGUCUGGAGGUUCGGUUUCGUCUUCGGUCCUGUUCGAGUACAGAGCGAGGAACGCCAGCUCUCUGCCCAGCUCUCAGCUCGACUGGCUCUCACUAGACGAUAAUCAGUUCAGGAUGUCCAUCCUCGAGCGGCUGGAGCAGAUGGAGCGCAGGAUGGUGGAGAUGGCCCGCGACAACAACCAACAGCAGCAGCAGCAACGGCAAAAUCAACAGCAGCACGGCAGCCAGCUGGCCACGCCCCCUCCUCCUCCACCAGAGGACCACGAACAGUCCUCUCAGUGGUUCGAAAGGAGGAUUGUGGGAGUGUGCGAGCGGAUGAUGAGGGGCGGUCGGUGGUCCGGGGGAGGAGGAGAGCGGCUUCAUCACUCCGUUCGUCACCGUGGCAUGACGCUGCUCCACCUGGCUGCUGCACAGGGAUACACACACCUGAUCCACACACUCAUACACUGGAGGAAUGUAAACAGCGACAGUCUGGACCUGGAACAGGAAGUCGAUCCUCUGAAUGUCGACCACUUCUCCUGCACGCCGCUGAUGUGGGCAUGUGCGCUGGGCCAUCAGAGGGCGGCAGAGCUCCUCUACAGCUGGAACAGUCUGGCUCUGGGCAUCCCCGAUUCUCUGGGACGCUUGCCUCUCGCCGUUGCUCGCUCCCGAGGACACACUCGCCUCGCCACGGCGCUGGAGGAGCUGCACAUGCAGCGCACGCUCGCUAACGUGGUGUCCAGAGACGUGCACACGCCUCCAGCAGACACGCACACACCGCAGCCACCACUGUCCCCUCUCUCCACCAGCCCAGAUACAGGUCUGAGCUCCUCCAGCAGUCUCCCCUCCCCCAGUGACCCCUCCUCACCCUCCCCCAGCUCUGCUUACUCCAGUGGCCCCGCCCCCAUGGAGACAUCGCCCUCUUCCCCUUCGUCUCCUUCCUCCUCUUCCUCACUAUCUGUCUCCCCUCCCUCCCCCUCCUCCCUCCCUCUGGAGUCCAUGUGGGGGGAGGAGACAAACACCACUUUCAGCACAGGUUUGAACCCUGGUGGUUCCAGAGACUCCCCCCUUCACCUCAUGGACUAUGAGAGCGUCUCUGCCAGUCACGCUCAGUCAUACAUGCACACGGCGAGCAGGCGGCGGUCGCACGCCACACUGGAGGAGCAGCUGCUGAGCUACAGUGAGAAUGCCGAGAACGAAGGCGAAGAAGAGGCGUACCUGGAGGAGGAGGUUGACAUGGCAACGCUAGCAGAGCAAAUCAUCGAGGCAACCCCAGAGCGAAUCAAACAGGAGGAUUUCCCCAGGGGGGCGGAGUCACCGCUCCGAGAAAGGUGGGACAACCCGGCCAUACAGGACACCUGGCUGGCUACGUACCUGGAAACGGUCGACACCCACGCACACUCCCCGCCCAGGCGCGUGUGCCCCCCCUCACCACUCAGCGCUUUAGCCCUCCAGAGGCUCCGCCCUCCCUCUUCUGCAGCAUGGGCAGAAUUCCUCAACGCCUCAGCCAAUGGAAAGAUGGAGCGAGAUUUCGCCCUGCUGACGCUGACGGACGGCGAGCAGAGGGAGCUUUACGAGGCCGCCAGAAUCAUCCAGAACGCCUUCAGGAGAUACAAGGGUCGGAGGUUAAAGGAGCAGCAGGACAUGGCUGCGGCCGUCAUCCAGAGAUGCUACCGGAAGUACAAACAGCUAACAUGGAUAGCUCUGAAGUACGCUCUCUAUAAGAAGAUGACCCAGGCAGCCAUCUUGAUCCAGUCCAAGUUCAGGUCGUACUACGAGCAGAAGCGUUUCCAGCAGAGCCGGCGGGCCGCCGUCCUCAUCCAGCAGUACUACCGCAGCUACAAGGAGUAUGAGAGGCUCAAACAGGCACCAAGAGGCACCGCCACCCACAACUCCAAGAUCAAGGGGUCGUUUCUGACAAAGAAACAGGACCAGGCAGCCCGCAAGAUCAUGAGGUUUCUGCGGCGCUGCAGACACAGGAUCAAAGAGCUGAAACAGACGAGGGAGCUGGAGAGGAGAGGACUGACCACCUAAACCAUUUCAACCUUUUUUCCUCUCCUCCAGCGGAGAGAGGGAUGAUGGCGGGAACGAGAAGGUUCAGCAGGUUUAGUUUGAUGUAUACAAAGAGAAAAACCAAACGAGGAAACGACAGAUGGAGAGAAGGACAGUAACGGAGAGAUGCCUUACCCCACGCCAACUCUAUCUAUCUACUGAUCUAUCUAUCUAUCUAUCUAUCGAUCUAUGUCUUCUCUCCUGUUGAAUGUAGCUGUCUGUCUGCAGCUUGAAGCGCUCCGUUCGUAAGCAGCUCAGCCUCCGUGGGCUCGCUUCUUUGCCCUGAGCAGUGUCUUGUAGUGAGAUUCUGGCGGUCUUUUCUUACUCCUCAUCUGACAGGACAAUCAUUGAGCUUUCAGUCUAUAUUUACAAACUGAAGACGAUAUCAGGAAUUGAACCGAUCAGCGAGUUCACUGACAGAAAAAAAUGAACCGUUUUUGUAAUAAAAUGAAUCAAGCAGAAAAAAAACAAUCCUCAGAUUACUUG